GAAAGACUUUGACACUGAAGAUGAGCGGAAGAGGCAAAGGAGGAAAAGGACUCGGUAAAGGAGGCGCUAAGCGUCACCGUAAAGUCCUCCGUGAUAACAUCCAGGGAAUCACCAAGCCCGCUAUCCGCCGUCUGGCUCGCCGCGGUGGAGUGAAGCGUAUCUCCGGUCUGAUCUACGAGGAGACCCGCGGAGUGCUGAAGGUGUUCCUGGAGAACGUGAUCCGUGAUGCCGUCACCUACACCGAGCACGCCAAGAGGAAGACGGUGACCGCCAUGGAUGUGGUGUAUGCUCUGAAGAGGCAGGGACGCACCCUCUACGGAUUCGGGGGUUGAACUCUGACUGGCAACCCAAAACCAAAGGUCCUUUUAAGGGCCACUCACAAUAUAUAAAGAGCUGACUUUCUACAUAGUGUUGAAGCUGUCUUUACAAAGUGUAUUCCAUUGCAAAAAUGUCCACUAUUUCAAAGUCCCUCUUUACUGAUAU